AUGGAUAUCGCCACGGACAGUGACGAUAAUGCGCAGGCUGCAGACGCAAGGAAGAGUGCCUUUUCCAAGGACACACUGAGCAUCGAAACUAGUGGUCCUUCACGACCCCAACUCACUGUGAUCGACAUUCCCGGACUCAUCCAGUCUUCGACAAGAGGGAUAUCCGAAGAGGAUGUGGUAAUGGUGACAGAAAUCACGGAUCGCCACAUUAAGCAAUCUCGGACGAUUUGCUUGGCCGUCAUUUCCGCAACCAACGGCGCAGCCAAUCAGUCUAUCCUCCAACGAGUGCGAAAAUUUGAUCCAGCAGGGAAGCGAACACUUGGCGUCAUCACCAAACCUGAUCAGCUGCCUGCCGGAACUGGCACCGAGUCCAAAUUCCUUGAGCUUGCCCAGAACAAGGACGUGUUCUUCAGUUUGGGCUGGCACGUCAUUCGAAACCGUCGUUUUGACGAGAAAAACUUCACUACCACGAGCGGAACGCUGCGGGAGCUCACUUCUUUCAAGCGUCCAAUUUCAGCGUUCUCCCCUCGGAAAUGGUCGGCAUCGCGGCGCUACGAGAGCGGUUGA